GUAGGGGCGACACACCCAUCGGCCACCUUUUGUGUGUGUUUUACUCAAAUGCCCGAGUUAGUGACGUGUACUUGAAUGCAUCACCAGUUUGUGUAUGUGAACCGUGUACAGGAAGUGGCGGGCCACGGCUGCUCUGGGUCCGCACCUUUUCCGGUAACACAGUACUACGGUUGAGAGAGCGAGCGAGAGCGGCAAAAAGAAGACUGAGAGGCGGAGGAGAAACGGCCCGGGAACCGGGCAGAACGAUAGCCGGAGACGUGAGUCUUUUCCACCAUAUUUUAAUGACAUGAAAGGGAAGAGGAGAAAGUCGGAUGAAUCACUGACCUUUCCGGGCCUUCCUCCACGGAAAGGUGGUGGGGGUGGAAUCCGUGUGUUACGGCGGUGAAUUUAAUCGGCAAGUCCCUAAGCGAUUGUGGACGCACAGCGACCGAGGAGGAAGUGCUUAAUCCGGGUAUGGACUGGGCCUGACUCCGUCUCCCGCUGAGCGCUCUGGAGUCUGGAAGACUUUGAAGUCUUUGUGGAAAUGUGUUUUUUAAAAGGCACAUGUUAGAUUGAUCCUACAAGGGCUACUGCACACCCACUCAGGUCACAUAUAAAAAUAUUUGUAUUAUUCAGCCGCCAUUAAAGACGCUAGACUUCCUUACCCCCCAUCUACUAAGUAUUUAUGCCCAGCAAACAAGAUGGGGAAAAUGCUGUCAAAGAUCUUUGGCAACAAGGAGAUGAGAUUAUUGAUGCUUGGACUUGAUGCAGCGGGAAAAACCACCAUCCUGUACAAACUGAAGCUGGGACAGUCAGUCACCACUAUCCCAACGGUGGGCUUCAACGUGGAGUCGGUCACCUACAAGAAUGUCAAGUUCAACGUGUGGGACGUGGGCGGCCAGGACAAGAUACGGCCCCUUUGGAGACACUACUACACCGGUACCCAGGGCCUCAUCUUUGUGGUGGACUGUGCCGACAGGGAUCGGAUCGACGAGGCCCGUCAGGAGCUCCACCGUGUCAUUAACGACCGUGAGAUGAGGAACGCCAUCAUACUCAUCUUUGCCAACAAGCAGGAUCUCCCAGACGCCAUGAAGCCCCACGAGAUCCAGGAGAAGCUGGGCCUGACGCGGAUCCGGGACAGGAAUUGGUACGUUCAGCCCUCAUGUGCGACGUCCGGGGAUGGACUCUUUGAGGGCCUCACCUGGCUUACUUCAAACUACAAAAGCUAAUGCCCCACCAAACUGAACUUAACAGUUGUCAACAAUGAAAACACAUGCGGGAGAGAAAGAGAGAGUAUAAUGCAAUUAAUUACACAACCUCUCUGCUCUAUAGCAAUUAGUUUUAUUCCCCAUUUUUCAUAAUUGUGACUAUUAUAACCCAACAUUGUAAUUUUUGUUUGCUUUGCAGCUCCCUCCCUAUCUGCAUAAUCAGUUUAAGAAUAAUUUCAGCUCUUAUUGUUUGGCAGGUUACUUCGCUUUUGCUAUCUUCUUGUUCUCCAUGGACUUGACAUUACCGAUCCUAAGAGUAGGUGGACAACUUCUGGGAUUUGUUUUGCCUUUUAUUAGCAUGUCAUGUUGAACUUUUUCUAAGAAUGUCUAUGUUGCGCCUCAAAUACAAACAAAAAAGUGAUUGUACCUGUUA